AUGGCCGCCUCAUCCGCCAUCCUGCGGCGGUCCCUCCUAUACGUCCCGGCCUCGUCCCAAAAGAUGCUCACCAAAUCCCUGGGCCUCGCGUCCGACAACAUCACCUACGACCUGGAAGACUCGGUGACGCCGGCGGCCAAGGCCUCUGCGCGCGCUCUUUUGCAGUCGCACCUCGCCGCGCUCCCCGCGCGGCCGUCGACCGUGGCCGAGCUCGCCGUGCGCGUCAACGCCGUGUCGACGCCCUUUUGCCUCGACGACCUGCGCGCGCUCGCCGGGCAGCCGCGCGUCGACGCCGUCGUCGUGCCCAAGGUCGAGUCCGCCGCGGACCUCUUCUUCGUCACCGACGUGCUGCGGCACGUCGUCGCGCCCUCGUCGCGCGUCAAGAUCAUCGCCCUGAUCGAGUCCGCCAGGGCCGUCGUGGACCUGCCGAGCAUCUGCCGCGCCUCGCCCCUCCUCGACGGGCUCGUCUUUGCCGCCGAGGACUUUGCGCUGGACCUGUCCAUCACGCGCACCCCGUCGCUGUCCGAGUUCCUGUAUGCGCGCUCCGCCAUCGUCACGGCCGCCCGCGCGUUUGGCCUCCCGAGCGCCAUCGACCUCGUCUGCACGUCGUUUCGCGGCGAGCAGGGCAUGCGCACGCUCCAGGACGAGUGCGCCGGUGGCAAGGCCAUGGGAUUCAACGGGAAACAGUGCAUUCACCCGUCGCAGGUCGAAACGGUGCAGCGGCUGUUUGCGCCAACGCCGGACGAGGUGGAGUGGGCUGUGCGGAUCGUUAUUGCCGACGACAAGGCGGCUGCGGCUGGACGCGGCGCGUGGACCAUGGAUGGAAAGAUGAUUGAUGCCCCGGUAUCGGGCAAGGCGCGCUCCAUUGUCAGCAAAGCAGAACAGUGUGGCAUGGACGUGGACAGUCUGCGAACAAAGUGGAAAGACCAGGAACCAGAAUAA